GUUUCUUGUAUUAACAACAUAGCAACUGAUCACCCACCUGUUACUCAAAACCAUAAAACCUCAGGGAGAACUUUUCUAAUCCCAGAAUAGAGGCAUGACCUUGCCUUGAUGUCUUUGUUUGUAACAAUGUCUACAGCAGAUUUGAUGGAGAAUCUCAGGGAAGAACUGACCUGCUUCAUCUGCUUGGACUAUUUCACCAGCCCAGUGACCACUGAGUGUGGGCACAGCUUUUGUCUGCCGUGUCUCCUGCGGACCUGGGAGGAACACAGUACUCCUUUAUCUUGCCCUGAGUGCUGGAGGACUUUGGAGAGCCCACACUUGCAGCCCAAUGAACGUCUGGGGAGGCUGGCUGGCAUAGGCAAGCAGCUCCGAUGCCAUGUGCUGCAGAGUGGUGGCAAACGAGGUGGCUCUGGGAGAAUGCUGGCAGCCACGAAGGCUUUUUCUGAUGAGCAGCAGGGUGUAAAUGCUUUCUCAACCCAAUGCCACGGAAUAAACAGAUUGUGUCCCUCCAGUGAGGCUGAAGAGCGUCACAAAGAGAAACUCCAGGAAAUCUUAAAUCUUUUGCGUAAAAAGAAAAAGGAAACUCAGGUAAUAUUAUCCCAUGAGAAGGAAAGAGUAACACUGUGCAAGGAAGAGACAAAGACCUGUAAGCAGGUUGUUGUGUCAGAAUAUGAAAAAAUGCACCAGUUUUUGAAGGAGGAGGAACAGCUACAGCUCCAGGUACUGGAAAAGGAGGAAAAGGAGAACAUGAAGAAGCUGAGGGACAAUGAGAUCAAGCUGACCCAGCAAAUAAGAAGCCUAAGCAAAAUGAUGGAGCAGAUAGAGUCCACCUGUCAGAACUCCAUUUUAGAAUCUUUUGAGGACGUGAAAGGAGCCCUGGAAAGGAGUGAGGCCCUCUUGCGCCAGUGUCCAGAGGCCACCACCACGGAACUGAGUCUGUGCCGCAUCACUGGAAUGAGGGAGAUGCUGAAAAAAUUCAGCACGGACAUAACCCUGGAUCCAGCUACAGCCAAUGCCUAUCUCGUCUUGUCUGAGGAUCUGAAAAGCGUGAGACACGGAGGAAUCCGACAGCACUUACCCGACAACCCAGAACGAUUUGACCAGUCUGCAACCGUGCUGGGCGCCCAGAUCUUCACCUGUGGGAGACACUACUGGGAGGUGGAGGUGGGCAACAAGACCGAGUGGGAAGUGGGCAUUUGCAAGGACUCCGUGAGCAGAAAGGGCAAUCUCCCAAAGCCACCUGGGGACCUCUUCUCACUUAUAGGCUUAAAAAUUGGAGAGGAUUAUAGUCUUUGGGUCUCAUCACCUUUGAAAGGUCAACAUGUCAGAGAGCCUGUGCAUAAGGUUGGUGUUUUCUUAGACUAUGAGUCUGGACAUAUAGCGUUCUACAAUGUGGUGGAUGAGUCCCUCAUCUACAGCUUUCCUCCAGCCUCUUUUCAGGAGGCCCUCAGGCCGAUCUUCUCUCCUUGCCUCCCAAAUGAAGGGACAAACACAGACCCUCUUAUCAUCUGCUCACUGAACAGUUAUGUCUGAAGGAGAUAGCCCUGAGCCUUCGCCACGGAUGAGGUCUAAGACCAACAGAUGAGUAAUGUAUUGACACUAUCAAUAUUGGGUGAUCUUAAAAAAAAGCCCCUGCAAAGACUUUCCAUUACCUUGAGCCAUAACCAACAACCAAGUUGGACAAUCAACUCUCAACACCAUAGAAGGCUGAUCAUAUCCUGUAUUUAACCAAAUUAAUUGUCUAGACUGUCCCACUACAUGCUGGUCACUGAAAAUGUAGAGACAGCGUUAGUCCCUAUUAGCCCUCAUCCCAUUGUCAUAGCCCAGUUUUAUAAAUAUAUAUCACGUUUUUGAGUGUA